GAUCUUAAACCUGAUCGCGAGUUGGCAAGAAGGUGGGAGAACGAGCGUUCACAUAAGCAAGUCUAUCUCUAUCAGCCAACAAUAAAUAGAACUUCAGGUGUUUCAAGAGCUUUUAUUCAUAUCCAGAAGGGAAAUACGUUACCUGAUGGUACAAAAAUUGAAAAGGUGACUCCCCUUGAUUUAGUACAGUCAGAUGAUGAUGACCACCUCUCUCAAGAAAAUAAUGAUGAAGAUGAAGGUAUUCCUGAUCUGAAAGAUAAAGUUAUCAACAAUUCAAAAAAAUGGAAUUUGCCUUCAGAGCUACAUGUAGGCGAAAUUUUCGAUAAAAGAGUAUCUACCAACGCAGAAAAAGCCAAGAAUAAGAAAAAAUUUACCAUAUGUGAAAAAGCCAUAUUAAGAUAUGGUGCAUCAAAUAUAAUCAAUCUAUCUAUCAUGAGUGAAUGGUUUUCCGCUAAAGAUAUAAAAUUCAUGGCAAAAGAUUAUGCUGAUCUGUUAAAGGAAGAUGUGAACGGAGCAUACAAGCUUUGCAUUGAAAAUCAUGUUAAUUCUGAAGAAAAUGGCUAUAUGUAUAAAAUAAGCAAGAUAUAUGCCGAGUUUAUUUAUAGAAAUAAGAACAAAGUCGAUAUCCUAGAUUAUGCAGGAGAUACGCACACAGAACUGUAUGUCGUUAUGAAGGCUUUCAAGUAUAUUAUUGAAGGACUGAACCCUGGUUUUGGAAUACAUCAAAAAUGGGAUGAAUCCUUCUGCUCACUAAGUAAGAGUAAUGAUUACAACAAGGGUCGAAAAUGUGACUUGCGCUUUCUAUUAAUAUCUGGAGCUGUUGGUGACCGUUAUAGGUCUGCUAGGGUUAAUCAAUCUAUUUUGAAUGACUUGUUAAAUCUCAACCUCACUGAUGAGCAGGCUAAAAAUAUUAAAGUGCCCUUUAUGCAAGUAGGUGGCAUAAGUGGCCAAAUAUUAAUCGAAGAUUUGGUUGAGGGAUUCUAUGUAGUAUUUCCUGAACUGAAGUUUGAGCUUCCAACAAGGCUUCAGCAUAUUAAAAAGCUCAAAUCUGCUGUCAAUAUUAUAAAUUUUAUUAUA